AUGUCAGAAAUUAAAGAAACCCCCGACUAUUCUAGAAAUUCAUCAGAUAACCUUGAACUGAAAGGUAGUCAAAUAUCAACUAAUGAUGAUGAAGGUAGAGAACCAACUCUUGAAGAAAUGAAAACAUUGAGACAUGUUUCUGAUAAGAUUCCUCUUAGAUGUUGGUUAGUUGCCGUUGUCGAAUUAGCCGAAAGAUUUUCUUAUUACGGUUUAUCAGCUCCUUUCCAAAACUAUAUGCAAAAUACUCCAGAGGAUACUCCAAAGGGUGUUUUAGGUUUGAAUCAACAAGGUGCCACCGCUUUAUCAUACUUUUUCCAAUUUUGGUGCUAUGUUACUCCAAUCUUUGGUGGUUGGUUAUCAGAUACCUACUGGGGUAAAUAUAAGACCAUUACAGUCUUUGCUGUUGUCUAUAUUUGUGGUAUACUUCUUUUAUUCGUAACCUCUCUUCCUUCUAUUUCAAAUAGAACUACUGCUUUGGGUGGUUUUGUUACCUCACUAAUCAUUAUAGGUCUUGCAACUGGUGCUGUCAAAUCAAAUGUUUCUCCAUUGAUUGCAGAUCAAGUUCCAAAAUCAAAACCAGUUAUUAAGGUUUUAAAAUCAGGUGAAAGAGUUGUCGUUGAUCCAAAUAUUACUAUCCAAAAUGUUUUCAUGUUCUUCUAUCUUAUGAUUAACGUUGGUUCUUUAUCUGUCAUCGCAACAACCCAAUUAGAACAUCACGUUGGUUUCUGGGCUGCUUAUUUAUUACCAUUCUGUUUCUUCUUCGUUGCUCUUCUUGCUUUGAUUCUUGGUAAAAAUCAAUAUGUUAAGGUUCCAGUUGGCGAUAAGAUAGUUAACAAAACCUUUAGAUGUGUUUAUAUCGCUAUGAGAAACAAAUUCAAUUUAGAUGCUGCCAAGCCUUCCUUGCAUCCUGAACAUAACUAUCCAUGGUCUGAUAAAUUCGUUGAAGAAGUUAGAAGAGCUCUUUAUGCCUGUAAAGUCUUUGUUUUCUAUCCAUUCUAUUGGGUUUGUUACGGUCAAAUGAUCAAUAAUUUCGUUUCCCAAGCUGGUCAAAUGGAAUUACAUGGUUUACCAAAUGAUAUUUUACAAGCAAUUAAUUCAUUAUCUAUCAUCAUUUUCAUCCCAAUUUGUGAAAGAUUACUUUAUCCUUUCAUUAGAAAAUUUACUCCAUUCAGAGCCAUUACUAAAAUUUUCUUUGGUUUUAUGUUUGCUGCAAGUGCUAUGGUUUACGCUGCUGUUUUACAACACUUUAUUUAUCAAACUGGACCUUGUUACGACCAUCCAAAAGCUUGUGCUCCAGAAUAUAGAAAUGUUCCAAAUCAUAUUCAUGUUGCCAUUCAAGUUCCAGCAUAUGCAUUAAUUGGUUUCUCUGAAAUUUUUGCUUCAAUUACUGGUUUAGAAUAUGCUUAUACCAAAGCCCCUGUAUCUAUGAAAUCAUUUAUUACAUCUCUUUUCUUAGUCACCAACGCAGUCGGUUCAGCAUUAGGUAUUGCUUUAGCUUCAACUUCCGAAGAUCCAAAAUUAGUCUGGACUUAUACUGGAUUAGCAGUCUCUUGUUUCAUUGCUGGUUGCGUUUUCUGGUUCUUAUACCACGGCUACAAUGAUAAAGAAGAUGAACUUAAUAGAUUAGAAUAUGCUUCUGAUGAUGAAUAUGAACAAAGUACUGGUCUUAAACCAGUCGCCUCUUUAACUCGUUCUCUCAAGAGUCUUACAUAA